UGUGGCCUGGACACAAGUGAAGUAUAUAAUGACACCUUGGGCUGGGCAAUUUCUGGCACAACACCCAAAUUGCAAUUCCAUAUAUUGGUCUCUUGGCACAAUGUUGUCGAUUUUCCGGCAAUACACGUUCGACGACUCGUUCUCGCAAGUGUUUGUGUCGGCGAAAUUCCUGAAGGAGUACCAGAUCGCCCUGACCUUCGCCAGCGACUACGACGACGAGGGUGCCCCCACCAACGGCGUUUUCCGACCGACCUGGGACCUGAGCAAGGUCACCCCCGAAUCCAUCGCGCGCUUCAAGGACAAGAACCCCAACGUUGACAUCAAAGUCUUCAUCAGCAUCGGCAACCGCGGCACCCAACACCCCUUCAAACCCUUAAACAACAAAACCUGGAUCGACAACGCCACCGAGUCCCUCACGCACCUCAUCAAGAACGAAGACUACAACCUCCACGUGGACGGCAUCGACGUGCUUUACGAGCACAUCGAUGCCUCCCCCGGUGACUUUAUCGAGUGCGUGGGACAGCUCAUAAGGAACCUCAAAGAAAAGGGCGUAGUGAGCGAGGCUUCUAUUUCUCCCUCGUUUGCUCUGAACGAAGAAUAUUAUCCCUUGUUGUACAGCGCUGUGUCCUUCUUCGUUGACUGGGUCGAUUACCAGUUCCAAAGCGAGCUCAAACCAGUGUUCGACCCAACCACGUUGGUGAAGCGCUACAAUGAACUAACCAAGCUUUAUCCCAGAAGAAAACUCUUUGCUGGCUACAGCGCCGAGAACGAGGACUGGGCCACUCUGUCGCCGAUCGUCUUCUUUCUCGGUGGCAUGGACAUUCUCAAGAAGAGAAAGGCUCCUGGAGUUUCCAUUCAUUACCAUAAUUACUAUGCAGAUGCUCCCAAUAAGGACUGAUUUCAUUCACUCUGCUACUAUCAUCUUAAUUGCCUUACUCCAUCAUAUAUAAAUUGUGUUUCUUAUAUUAUUUACUUUCAUGUAAGACCCCAUCCAGGGUAAUCGAAUCAGUUCCAUAUAUAUUUAUAAAAAUAAAUUGUAUCGUGCGUAAUAUGGUAUGUAUAUAUAUAUAUAUAUAUAUAUAUACAAUUAA